UCUCAUUAGAUAGGAAUGCAAUGGAAACUCAGACAAGCCAAGAAUAUUUCAGAUCCGUCAGUAGUGAAUCUUCCUCUUACAUGAUGGUUUCAACGAACAAUCGGCGAGAUGCUCCGUCCAAGUUGUGCGUAGCUAUGGUGGUUAUCGCCGUGGUCGUACUGCAAAUCGCUUCGACCACUGGACUCUUCGUCUACCUAAAUAUUUCAAUAUCUCAGGUGAAGGCACAGGAGGUGACAGAGGAGCUCCGGUGCCUGGGCCUGCUGAAUGCCCUGGACAAGGAUCAGGAGAUCCCCCCGAACCUGGCCCAGCUGUUUGGGGAGCCCUGCGUAAAACUGGCAGAGGGGAUCAAGGCCUACAUAUCCAAGGUGACUGAGAACAUUAUUUCCAAAUACACAUUUCAAGAGGCCCGAGCGCAACCACGCACCGAUCACGUCGGUCCCAGCUCUGCGGCCCCACGACCCUCCGCCCAUCUCACACUCCGGGACAGCGGUCUGCAAGGAUCGGCUUUCUUCACCCCCCAGCCAGACCUGCACCAGUCGUGCCGUCACCUGCUGCGAUCCUGGGGUAACCAGAGUUUUGGGGCCCACCUGCACAACAUGAGCCUGUCCAACGGGCGCCUGCGGGUGCCCCGAGACGGCCGCUACUACCUGUACUCCCAGGUGUACUUCCGCUACCCGUCGCCCGGGGAGGGCGAUCACGGCAGCCACCAGCUGGUGCAGUGCGUGUACAAGAAGACGUCCUACGCCCGGCCCAUCCAGCUGCUGAAGGGCGUGGGCACCAAGUGCUGGGCGCCGGACGCGGAGUACGCCCUGCACUCGGUCUACCAGGGCGGCCUCUUCCAGCUCCGCGCCGGGGACGAGGUCUUCAUCUCGGUCUCCUCGCCGAGCACCGUGCACGCCGACGACUCCUCCAGCUACUUCGGGGCUUUCCGGCUUGACCUGUGACCCCUGGUGGGGGGGACCAGGCUGUCCUUUGAACUUUGAAAGUCAUAUUUUAUCCCUGUCUCACAAAAUACCCCCCCCACCUCUCACACUCCAUGGAACAUGUGCGCACAGACAGCUUGCUGAGCCAGGAGCUUUUCUUUUUUUUGGGGGGGGG